UUCUGGUUAACAUAUAAAGCAUCAAUGUUUUAACAGAUCCAGGAAAUACUUUUCAUUUGACGUGGAUCUUCUGACUCGUCCGUCUUAUAAUUAGACUUUUGUUAAAGCAGCUGAAGGCUUGAUGACUGAGAAUAAAAUCUAAAACCGGAAACAGAGCAACAGAGCAGGAAAAAACAAAAAGCAGAAAAUUCUGCAGCGGCUGGAUCACCUGAAAAACCAACCAGGUUGAAUCAAAAUGCUGAAAACGUUUUUUAGCCUGUUGGUGUGUCUCGCUGCCUUCAGCCUGGUUUGCUUUGCUCUGUUUCUGUUUCACACCGAGAACCGAAAAUUAUUUUCCAUCGCUUCAUUAAACAGAGAAACUAACCCGGAGGAAUCUGCAGGUCCGACAGGACGUCCAGGAAAGUCUCUGGAUCCGUGCGCCGACGUCCCUCCGAACCUGCAGGGAGUUCUCCAAGUGGAGUUCAGAACCAACCGGACCCUGCAGGACGUCCGGAACCACGUCGGCCCGUUCCUUCAGCAGGGAGGCCGGUACCGACCAACCAGCUGCAGGGCGAAACAAAAGGUGGCUGUCAUCAUCCCGUUCAGAAACCGGUAUGAACACCUGACCCACUGGCUCUACUACCUCCAUCCGGUCCUGAUGCGUCAGCAGCUGGACUACGGUGUGUACGUCAUCAACCAGGACGGAGACGGAGUGUUCAACAAGGCCAAGCUGAUGAACAUCGGAUUUGUUGAAGCGCUGAUCGAAUACGAUUACGACUGUUUUGUCUUUUCUGAUGUAGACCUGGUACCAAUAGAUGACAGAAACCUCUACAGAUGUUCUGACCAUCCCAGACAUUUAUCUGUGGCUAUCGAUAAAUUUAACUUCACCCUGCCCUACGCCACCAUCUUCGGUGGCGUCUCAGCGUUGUCCGAACAGCAGUUCCUUAAAGUCAACGGCUUUUCAAACACCUUCUGGGGCUGGGGGGGUGAAGACGACGACAUGUCGCAGCGGAUCUCUUACAGAGGGAUGUUCAUAUCCAGACCAGACUCCGUCACUGGGAGGUACAAGAUGAUAAAACAUAAGAGAGAUUCUCACAACGAUCCAAACCCAAAUGCAGUUCGGAAACUGACAGAAACCUAUUCUAACAUGGACAAAGAUGGGCUUAAUUCUCUGAAUUACACAGUCAGGGAGAUUAGGAAGGAUUUAUUAUACACUUUUGUUACAGUGGAUGUUCAGGCUGAUGUGGAUCCAGAUGUUUCUGUCUAAAUUCAGCCAUGAUGUUUGUCUUGAUUUAUUUCUGAUUGAGACUCUGAGGGAGUUUCUACCAUCCAAACAUUUAAAUUAAAAACCUUGUUUUUAAUUUAAAUCAUUCAGAUUUUUAUAUGCUGUAAACAGUAAAGGGAAGGACUUUAUUAAAUAAACAAUGAGGGGAUAUGUAAUGAAAUGAUUCAUAUUUAUAAAGUCUUAUGAAAUGAUUUUGGUUAUUUUUCAUGUAAAAAUGAAUCAGAUUGAAGGAAAAUCUCAUAAACAGGAUUUUAGUGAAAAUGAGUCUUUAUUCUCAUGCAGUCUCAAAUGUUUUCAGUGAAAUUUUCUGUAGCUUCCUGAUAAAGAGGAGAACAGAGGAAGUGAGAAGCUACUGGACUGUAAUAACUUUAUGGGAUUCUUUAAAAAUAAAACUCAUUUUCCUAAACAAAACGUCAUCCUGAACGUGAUUACUCCGUCUGUUAGAGAGGCAGCGCUGAAUGAAACUACAGGCUGUUUGGGCUCCUAUAUUCUCAUUUAAAGAUAUUAAUAUUAAUAUACAGUAUAUCUUGUCUGCUAAAAAUGCACAAAGAUCACUAAACUAAACAUAAUCUGCUCAGAAAACGUCGUAAUUAAAGCUAAAUUGGACUCUAAA